AGGGUCUAGGAAAGUCAAAGCUGUUUCGACAUAAUUAUCAUAAUCUAUUUCCGGAGCACAGUACAGAGAGAACCUACAAAGCCGGAGCGAAGCCAGGGAGUGGAUUGCUCCCUGGUCGUCAGAGACUGCAGAAGCGAUGGCGAACCUAGGUUUCUGCAGCUCAAUUUCCCAGGCCGAGCGAGAAAGAGUGACAGUCUCUGCCUUUCUCAAGGAGACCCAGGAGGAUGUCAACUCCCCGUCGACUUCAACGUACCAGAAUCGCAUGGAAAGUCUUCGCCGGGAAUUGGCCAAGAUCGAUGAAAGUUUGGACAAUGACAAGAAGCAACUGAAAAAGUUGGUUUCUGGGAUGCAGAAGAUGGUUCACUGUGGCGAGGAGCACGUCAAAAGCAAGUAUGCAUUUUCUGAUGCAAUGGAGAAGCUUGGAACAAACUUCAUGCCCUCGCAGCCAAAGAUUGGCACUGCGUUUCUGAAAUUUGCUGUCAUAUUGAAGGAUAUGACGUUGUCAUUGGAGAACCAAGUGAAGAACAUGAACAACAUUGUGUUGUUUCCUCUGGAAGCACUUGUGAAAAAUGACAUGAGUUCUAAUAUGAAGAAACCAUUUGACAAAUCCUAUGCUGAGUAUGAACGUGCACGUGCACGUGUCGAGAGAGAGAAACGCCGUCAAGCUGAAGCAUCGGGUCUUCAACGCACAGACUUCCGGCCUGAGGAGACAGCACAAGAAUUGGAAAGGGAAAGGCGAGCAUUCCAGCUGGCUACGUGCGACUAUUUCCUGAAGAACAAUGAAAUUGGCCUAAAGAAAACAUCUGACUUUGCUCAGCAUCUUGUUGAGUUUUAUCACUCACAGUGUAGUAACGUGAAGGACGGGCAACAGAUGUUAUCUACUGUGUCAUCAUGGGUAACAGAGCUUGCCAACGACGUAGCAGAAAUUCGAAAAAGCCGGUACGAAGAGGAGCGCAAUGAGCUAGUGGAAAUGAAGAAGGUACUGCAGGCUGUGCUGUCACCGCAGGACCAAAAGUCUGCGGAGGAGAAGGCAACCAAUCCCGGUAUGAAACAGUUUGGUGACAAGAGAGAACGUGAACGACAGCUUGGUUUAUCCAAGGCCGGUUGUCUGAUGAAGCGAUCCGAUGGUAUCCGGAAGGUAUGGCAGAAGAGGUACUGCACCAUCUCUGAUGGUAUGUUUACAAUCUCUCACUCACAACGCGACCCACCAACUGUAACUCUACCGCUUCUGACAUGCCAGUGCAAAGAUGAAGUGGACCAAUCGAAGAAGCCAUGCUUCACACUCCAUUCACAGAAUCGUAAAUACGUCUUCCAGGCUGAGGACGAGCAAGAAAAGGAAGAAUGGGUUGGAGUACUGAACAACACAUUGGAGCACUUGUUCAACAGUCACUUGGCACCGCAGAGCAAUGACGAAGAGUCCCAGGAUAUCAAGUCGAUGAAUGAGCUGAUCACAAGAAUCGUCAAGUCCAUCAAAUCCCUGCCUGGAAAUCACCAGUGCUGUGAUUGCAGUGCUCCGAAUCCACCCUGGAUCUCCACCAACUUGGGAAUCCUUGUAUGUAUCGAGUGCUCCGGCGUGCAUCGGGAACUUGGCGUGCAGUACUCACGUGUACGGUCACUUGUCCUCGAUAACCUGUGCACCGCCGAGUUGCUUGUCGCGCACCGGAUGGGCAACUACUCGUUCAACGAGGUCGCAGAGGAGAACCUUUCAGUGGAGAAGCUGCGGAAGGAUGCGUCUAUGGUCGAGCGCAAAGAGUACAUCCGCGCAAAGUAUGUUGAGCGGAAGUGGGCAAGGCCAAGUGGUCGUUCGAGUGCAGACAUUCGAGCUGAUCUCUCCACCGCCAUCCUAAGCCAUGACCUGGAAGCAGUACUGCACGCGCAACAAGAAGGAGUGGACUUCUCUGCACAGGUCCCAGAAGCGCCCGAGGGCGGUAACGCCAUGCAUCUGUGUCUGGACAAGGAGGAGAACAAGUCUCUGCACAUUCUUGAUUUUGUCAUCAACAAUGGUGGUGAUGUGAACCAGGUGGAUGAGGCGGGCCGUGCACCGCUACAUAUUGCAGUUCAGCGUGACUUACCACAAGCAAUCAAACUCCUGCUGCGUGCCGAAGCAACGAGCACGGCAGAGGACACGGCUAGCAAGACCCCGUAUCAGCUGGCAGUCGACCUAGAGCGCCACGAGUGCGCUGAGCUACUGCAGCUAUACACGAAGAAGAGAAAGUCGCCUCGUUUCAACCAGAUCAAGAUUGAGUGGGGAUUCUUUGGAGAUCAGAACGAGCAAAUCUACACUGAUUCCGGCUACACAGAAAAGACAGAAAAGAAACCGCUUGAAGAACGGCCGUCUCAAACGGUUUCAAGUACUACAACGACUCCAACUUGCGCGGCCUCCCAGCUCGCACGUUCAACGUCAGGUGCGCAGGAACGGAAAUCGAUGGUCAGACAAAGCCGCGCAACUGUAUCGUCGCCACCCGAGUCACAGGCUACGACUCCCGGCAGACCGGCCGCUCUGCCUCGUGGUGUACUGCACUGUGUAGAAGCACAGUUUGACUGCGAGGCAGAUAACGAAGACGAAGUGUCGUUCCGCGAGGGCGAGCGGAUAUACGUGACCCAAGAGACGGACAGUGACUGGUGGUUCGGCUACAUCGACGCUGAUCCAACACGCUACGGUGUUUUCCCGGUUUGCUAUGUCAAGGUACUGUAGUAGCCGCUGCUUCACUCACUUGCUUUGCUCACACGCUUUGAAUUUGGCUCUCUCUCUUUUCGUUUUUGUUCAGUUUUAUCGCUUCCUCUAACUACAGCUCCCAGCACCGACUCACACCUGUCCAAGUCACACUAAGACAUACAUGUAGAUAUAGAACUGUCCUAUUCAUUUCAUCUCCUCGAAUGGAGCAAAUGUGCUGUCAUGCUAACGUCCUAUACAUUAUAUUUCAUUCAGAGAAAUAUCCUUUAUUUCCACCUCCAUAUUUUGUUUCCAACCUCCCGCUCACUCUGUGUCUGCACAUAGUUCUUUCAAAUGGUCUGCAUUCUCUCUGACUUUUCAUGCUCUAUUUAAUCUCCAUUUGCAUACUAAUAUUUAUACCGUACAAAGAAGAUUAAAAUGUGUCUGCGCUUUGGUGUGCAAACACUUCACCAUCAUCAUCAUUGAACGAGGUAAAUAAAAGUUUAGUU